AUGUGUCAAGAUUCGGCGCCGAACGUGAAAAGCGAAAAGUCUGAGAGAUUGACAUGUAGAACUGACACAAUAUGGCGACCGGGCUAGGAUUUUCCUGAAUGUGAAAAAUCUCGGGGAAAAACGCGGACAGACCUGUUUUUGCACCGUAACGUGACUUGAAAUUGGCAGUGAAGUGAUCGAAGAUCAAGUCGGAUUGGGUGUGGAGUCUUGAGCGCGGCGCAUUCGUUGAUUUGCAAAUCUGCGGGCGGUAUCUGGGAGGUCGUCGUCGUCUUCUCUACAUUACGAAUUGUUGGAUUAAAAAAUUGCCGUGUAAGACCCAACUAGCUGGUAAUAUCCAGCAAGAGUAAUGCGAGUUGUGGCCCAUAUAUUGGCAGUGAUAAUUGGUGGCUAGUUUGCGGAUUACUCAUGGAAUACACAUGAAACAUAUAGGCAGGUCGCGUAUGUAAUCUGGAACCGAAGUUGGAGGGAGCGCUCUAAGUCCGGAAAAGUUAGUGAACGCGCGAUAAGAUGUCAAUUCGCGGAAAGCUGGAUAAUUAGUGAGUUUGCGACGGGUGCUAUGCGUCUCCUGUUUGCCCCCUGAGUGAUUUGUCUGACUGAAAAGCGAGCGAUCGUGGGACGUCGUGCGCGGAAUCGUCGUCUGAAAAGUGAAAGGGAUCGGGCGGUUCCAGAAUUCUUGCGGAUCGUUCGCCUCCCCCCGCGGUUGUUUUGGUCGCAGCGCUCGGCCGCGGUGCGCGAAUUGUGUGUAGUUUAUUUUUGGCUGGAGUGAUUGCAGCUCAAAAUGUGGAAUAUGAUGUGUGACGUGAUGCCUACGAUCUCUGAGGAUAGCAUUUCACAGAGGUCCUCGCAGUUCAGCGGCGAGGACGCGAAUUUCGAGCAACUGAUGGUCUCGAUGCUGGACGAGCGAGACAAGCUGAUGGACAGCCUGCGUGAGGCCCAGGAGCGGCUGGGCGAGGCGGAUGUUAAGCUGCAGGAAGCCGAGAAGGAGCGCGACAGCCUCCAGCGCCAGAUCAACGCGAAUCUGCCACAGGAAUUUGCCACACUUACAAAAGAACUGACACAGGCCAGGGAAACGCUCCUAGAGCGCGAUGAAGAAAUAGCAGAAUUAAAGGCUGAAAGAAAUAACACUAGGCUAUUAUUAGAACAUUUAGAAUGCUUAGUAUCACGGCAUGAACGUUCCUUGCGCAUGACAGUAGUAAAGAGGCAAGCGGCUGCCCAAAGUGGAGUAUCCAGUGAAGUUGAGGUGCUGAAGGCCUUGAAAAGUCUGUUUGAACAUCACAAAGCUCUAGAUGAAAAGGUCAGAGAGAGAUUACGAAUAGCGCUGGAGAAAAAUACGCAAUUGGAGGAAGAGCUUAAUACAACCAAAGAGGAGCUUCAACAAUACAAAUCAGGUGCAAUACAGCCAAGUGGGUUAAGUGAAGGAAGCAAAGAAAAUGGUGAUGGCGACAAGGGUGGAGGGCCAAAUAUCAACGGCGAAAGCCAAGAAUCUAUUGAUUACGCUGCCAAAACACAUGAACUACAAACAAUUAUCGAGAAACAGACUGCAGAACUAUCACAGUGGCAAAGAAGAGUAUCCGAUCUUAAUAAUAAAAUUAGCGAAAUAGAAGAUAAUCUGUCAAAAGUUCAAAAAGAACUCUCUAAAUCACAGGACCAGUGUUCAAAACUGCAAAGAGAUUUACGUGAAAAUGUUGCACAAAAAGAAGACCAGGAGGAAAGAAUAGCAACCCUUGAAAAACGUUACCUCAAUGCUCAAAGAGAAUCAACAUCUCUCCAUGACUUGAAUGAGAAAUUAGAACAAGAGUUACGGCAUAAAGAAGCACAAUUGAAGCUUCAAGAAGAAAAGAUUGCGGCAAUACAAGAAAAGCUUGAAUUGGCUGAACAAAAAUUAGCUCAACAAUCUAAGCUUCCAGAAAUGGAGGAGCAACUAAAGGCGCGUAUGGAAGCGUUAACUCAGGUAGGAACACAGGCACAAGAACGACAUGGAUCCGCCGAGGAUCGUAUACAAAGACUAGAAGCUAAUUUAGAAGAAAAGAAUGCAGAAGUAAUGCGCCUGAAUCAAAGAUUAAAAAUGAAUGAGGAACACAAUCAAAGGCUAUCAUCAACGGUCGAUAAAUUAUUAUCAGAAUCAAAUGAUCGUUUACAGGUGCAUCUAAAGGAACGAAUGCAUGCCUUAGAUGAGAAAAAUACACUAACACAAGAGCUUGAAAAGGCUCGAAAGUUAGCUGAAGAAUUACACCAAGAAAAAAGUGAUAUAAUGAAGGAAUUGUCUAAGACACGUUUAGAAAUAGAAAACUUUAAGCGUCAGCUAUUACAACAAGAAAUAGCGUAUAACAUACAACAAACUGAAGCUUUAACACGUAGCCUUUCACCGAGUAAUGUGGUCGAUGCAAAUUUCUCACGAAGCGCUUCCCAUACAAGUUUCGAUACGCAUUCACUAAGACGUAGUAAAGCUAGGAUAGAUGAACCCGAUCAAUAUGGCCGGGGAUUAACCGAACAGGAGUGGAGUAAAAUGCAGCAAGCACAUGUUUUGGCAAAUGUGCAACAAGCUUUCGAUGUAUCGAGUGGACCGGAAGGGGAUGAUGCUGAAAGCCUAUUUAGCACGGCGGAUAUGAUGUCGCCUACGGGUCAUACAGACGCACAAACUUUGGCAAUGAUGUUACAGGAACAAUUAGAUGCUAUAAAUAAUGAAAUUAGAUUAAUCCAAGAGGAAAAACAAUCAACCGAGGCCAGAGCAGAAGAACUAGAAUCACGUGUCGGUAGUUUAGAACAUAUGAACUUAUUGGCAAGAGGACGGUCACUCGAACGACAAAGUCCUCCAUUAAGCGGGCGAAGUACACCAAACAGUCCCAAUCGCGACUAUCUACAUAAAUAUCACACGGCACCAGCCUCAAUGUCACCAGCUCAUCUACAUCAAUAUGCGACCCCACUAAGUCCAGGCCAAUUAUCUGAAUCUCUUCCUUCUAGUCAGCUUAAUUUGCCAGCAUUAUCUACAGACGCGUCUCGUGAUGAGCUGCAUGAUAUGCAGUUACGAGGCGGUGAUUCAAGUUCAGGUGGAGCAGCUUCACCCUUAACUGCUCGAUCAAUACGAUUAGAAAGGGUAGCUCAAGCAUUAGCGCACAGUCAAGAGGAGCUUCGAAGACGUUCAAUGGGAUUACCACCUAGUCAAGGACCAAACAAUUUAAGGUCAAGUGUUAGUAAUUAUGGCCCAUCGCCUUUAAGUUCACGACAUGGCAGUCAAGAAUCACUUCGCCACCUUAGCACGAUGGGUUCAAUGAGUAUGCUCCAAACGCCCACAUCAAGUGUAAGCAGAGAAGCAGUUGCAGCUGCACAGAAGAAAAAAGGCAUUAAAUCAAGUUUGGGUCGAUUCUUCAGCAAAAAAGAGAAAGUCAAAGGCGUUAAAGAUGCCAUGCCUGAUGGCUCGGCAAGUAUGAUGUCUAUAGGUAAUCUAUCUGUUGCCAUGAGUGACAUCGAUUCUAACUAUGAUGCAAUGAGUAUAUCUGGCGGUAAAAUAUCAAUGCCGAUGAAAUCAUCUGUUGAUUAUGGUCGACAAAAGAAAAAAGAACACGAUUACAGACACGAUCUGUUGGGUGAGGCAAUGAAAGCUGGAACACCAUUUGCUUUAUGGAAUGGACCAACGAUAGUUGCUUGGUUGGAGUUAUGGGUUGGAAUGCCAGCUUGGUACGUGGCUGCGUGUCGAGCGAAUGUUAAGUCAGGCGCUAUUAUGAGCGCACUAAGUGAUACUGAAAUCCAAAGGGAGAUCGGUAUAAGCAAUCCGCUUCAUAGACUGAAAUUACGUCUUGCCAUUCAAGAGAUGGUCUCACUAACGUCACCAUCGGCGCCACAAACUUCUCGUACAACACUUGCAUUUGGCGAUAUGAAUCAUGAAUGGAUCGGUAACUAUUGGCUUCCAAGUUUAGGUUUACCUCAAUAUCGAACAACAUUCAUGGAAUGUUUAGUUGAUGCACGUAUGCUAGAUCAUUUAACUAAAAAAGACUUGCGCGGACAAUUGAAAAUGGUUGAUAGCUUUCAUAGAACUAGUCUUCAAUAUGGUAUACUUUGUUUAAAAAGAUUAAACUAUGAUCGCAAUUCGUUAGAGGACCGACGAAAAAAUGUUGAAAAUGCAUUGAGUGAUGUUAUAGUUUGGAGUAAUGAUCGUGUUAUCAAAUGGAUAUCAAGUAUUGGUUUGAAGGAAUAUGGAAAUAAUUUACUAGAAUCAGGUGUUCAUGGAGCUUUAAUAGCAUUAGAUGAAAGUUUCGAUGCAAACGCUAUGGCGUUAGCGUUGCAAAUUCCCACACAAAAUACGCAGGCACGGCAAUCUCUUGAAAUGGAAUUUAACAAUCUUUUACAAGUUGCAACAGAUCGACGACCAGACAGUGAACAGCUCAACAAAUCCUGAUCUAACGCUAGCCUCUCAACAUUGAGCGAUGAGUAAUUGCAUAGUAAAAAUAUAACUCGCGAAAGGCAGCUUAAAAAUGCAUAAAAUUGUAUUAACUGCUCAAUGUUGUUGGCUUUUCUGGUUAUUGUCCCCGUUCGUUUUAUUGAUUUGCAAGGCUUUUGACGACGCCCAGUGUGUGUAUGAGUGUAUGUUCGUGUGAGUGGAUGAGGAGGAUCAUAUUUAGGGGAUAUGUUCUUUUAUGGGAACUUGUUAGUGGACAAUUGACAACUAAGGAUGAAAAAAACGUAUUUAGAAUGAAACUAAACAGAAACACAGACAUAUUGAGAAAUAAUUGUUAAUUUGUUUAGAGCAGUCUUUAAUGUUUAAUUGUUGUGUUUUUUUUCAUCGUUUUCACCUCGUCACGUUAUUUGUGACGGGUUCGGCGUUUGGGUCGGGGGAGAUCUAUUCGUGAAAACAUUGGAAGCGUAAUUUUUUUUCACUUUCCUUUUAAUUGAGCCAGUUUUGUGUUCAUGAUACACAAUGCGUAAGUCGAUUUUGUAUUGAGAAAAAGUAUGAUAUCUCUGCUAAGGAGUAGAGAGGGGGAGAGAGGGAAGCAGGAAAUAUAGUUGCCUCGACUGCAAACAAGUACCGACAACUGAGGAAUGUUUCAAAAUUCACCAAUGACAAUUUCACUGAAAAGAAGAGUAUUUGAAUGUAUUGGAUUUUUCGUUUUCGCCAAGAAAACCCGUUUGCUAUUUGCAUAAUAUAUUUAUUUUAUAUAUUUACAGUAACGCAUUAACGAAGUCAAUUUUUUACCAAACCAUUAUGUACUUAAUCGUAAUCGUUAUAUGAUUUUUUUUUCUCUAAUUUUAGUUAUAAAAUAGUUAUUACAUUCCCUGUUCCGUUUUACUGUAGUAGCAUUAGAAGGGAUUUUCGUUACCUUGAAUUUAUCAAAUGAUUUUCUUUCCCUCCCAAUUGUUAUUUUGUCCUGCAAUAUUGUACUGUACUACUGGUAUUGUUGACAAUAAAACAUCAGAGAAGUAAUUUUUACCGAGAUGAAACAAACAUGCAUGAUAUUUAAUGUUAACCGACGACUGAACGAACUGCACUGCUUCGAUGAAAAUGGAUUGAAUUUCAUUAUUAGCGAGGCCAUCCACUUUAUACUAAGACCAUGUGUAAAUUAUACGAAAUAUUGCUUA